AUCCAAUCCAAGGACAGGUGCAGUUAUGACCCGGGUUACUCUCCUCUUCCUCCUCCUCCUCCUGUCAGAGGAGGCGUCGUCUCAGAAGGUGUGCAGUUACCAGGAUGUUCUGGACUACCUGAACCUGACGUCAGACAGCAGCAGCGUGUUCAAAACCACUCGGCCCGUCCUGGAUCACACUCAUCCCACCACAGUGGAGCUGGACAUCCUGCUGUACGCCAUCCUGGCUGUGAUAGAGAAAACGCAGACCUUCAUUCCCUUCAUCUGGGUAACCAUGACGUGGAACAAUGAACGGAUCUGGUGGGACCCAAAUCAGUUCUGUGGAAUCACACAUGUUUCGCUUCCCAGGGACAUGCUGUGGAGACCAGACCUGUUCAUAUAUGAAAUGAUACAAAAGGACGACUCGCCUCAGAAUCCGUACAUGUACGUUUCCAAUAACGGCAUCAUCACAUCUGAGGAGGACGUGAAGGUGGUCAGCACCUGCCAGAUGGACAUCUACAAGUUCCCCUUCGACACACAGAGGUGCAACAUUUCCAUUGGAUCUGCCAUACACUGUGUGGAAGAAGUUCGACUCCUGCCUUCGUCCAAUUCAUCUCGGGCCACACAGUUUUCCAGAGAAGUGAUGAAGACGCAGGGCGAGUGGGAGUUUCUUCAUCUGUCUGUCGGCAACUACAACUUCAGCUUUGAUGGAAAACAGUGGGAGCAGCUCAUAUACACUUUCACCAUGAAGAGGAGGCCCCUCCUCCACGUCAUCAACUUCCUGUUGCCCAUCCUCUUCUUCCUCACCCUGGACAUCGCCUCCUUCUUUAUCUCGGACCAUCGGGGGGAGAAGCUGGGCUUUAAGGUCACCGUGCUGUUGGCCAUCUCUGUGCUGCUUCUCAUCCUCAACGACAUCUUACCCUCCAUGUCCAACAAGACCCCCCUCAUAGCCACCUACUGCAUUGUGAUCUUUGCUCUGAUGCUGCUCAGUCUGCUGGAGACCAUCCUGGUCACGUAUCUGAUGGAGAAGAGCCUGGCAUCCCAGAAGAAGCAGAGGAUGAGGGGGAACACAGAGGAGAAAGACACUACGAGGAACCAGAACACAGAGGAUAAAAAGAGGAGCAUCUGUUCAUGCAUCUGCAAAGAAGAGGGUGAAAAACAGCAUGAACUUCUGCCGGUGGUUCAGGAGGUCAACAGGGCCUUUAAAUGUGAAGACUCUCAUGUGUUACUGCUGAUCCUGGAGGAGCUGAAGGAGCUGCAGAAAACCCUCAGUGUGCACUUCAGGGACAGGGACGACGCAGGACACACCAGCGCCUGGGCCUCCAGGAUCAACACAGGCUUCUUCUUCUUCUACAUUGUGGUUGUGUCGCUGUUUCUGCCCCUUAUUUACAACGAGUGGAAGAGUUAGGAAUGCACCUGUGGAGUCUGACUGAGUCCA